GACAUUUGACCUGUUUCUGGAAAGAAGUGGUUCUGCAGCAGACAACAAUGCAGGUGUACACAUGUUGUGUGUUGGUGACUCUACUUGGUGCGGAAGCUCUAGCACUCCAUAGCCCUGUUGCUAAUCCCGGAAUAAAACGAGACAGUCCUCCGGAACCGUCCGAAAAGCCAACACAAGGUUCAAAUGUCUCCCAAACGCCAACACAAGGUUCAAAUGUCUUCCAAACGCCAACACAAGAUAGCGCGCUGAACAGUACAACACAAGGUUCUAAUGUGUCCCGACAGCCACAACAAAAUAGCGUUAUAUUACCCUUACCCUCACUGAUAUCGUCCCGACAGCCACCACUAAAUAUCGAUAUAGCAAUGGCAGGGUUUGCUCUGGUGGUCAGCAUUGCUUUUGCUGCUGUGGUUUGUGGACGAAGGCACGGGAGGGACUGCAGAAUAAACUGCACUAAAGGAAGGGCCACACGUGUCAAUCACGUUAGGAUCAAAAUGGAAAACCCUUUGCUUGAUCCUGAUAGUGCUGAACCCGAAGAGCGCAACAUGGAAGAAGAGGCGGCACUAGAGGUUGUAUGACUGUGUAUACAUGCAUCAUAGCAUUUCAGCUGUGUUUCCAUACCUAUGCUGAGGUGGUACAUGCUGUUACAAAUUGCUGACAUGCUACGAGGUGCAGAAAUCUGCCAUGAUGUCGCCAGCCUACAGCUGAAGCGUCGGUCUCCACAGCCAUGGUCUUAUCUUAAUUAUUAUUCGACUAUGGUCUGUAUUUUGUGUCAAUGCUACUUGAACCUGU